CUCGUUCGAACAGUGCUACAGGUUGGCUCCGUUGUGGACUCUGUGGACAGGAAUGGCCGGACACCAUUAAGUUAUGCUGCAGAACAUGGACAUUUGGCCGUCGUUGCCAUCUUAAUGGAAGCAAACGCUCUACCCUUUACUGAAGAUUCGGACCGGCGAACUCCGCUAUCAUACGCUGCUGGUGAAGGCCACAUUUCAGUAAUGGAAAAGCUACUGAGCGAUCCACGCGUAAAUAUAUACUCCAAAGACACACAAAACCGAAGUCCACUUCACUGGGCAGCAAUUAACGGUCGUCAUGACGCCAUCGAGUGGCUGGUUAAACAAGGAGCCCAAGUUGAUCUCAUGGAUAAUAACGACCACACACCACUUUAUGCUGCACUUUUGAAC